AUGAUGAUUAAACCAAACCGAGCCUCGGAAAAUAGUAAGGGUGUAGGGGAUGGCAGGGAGAAGGAUGGGAGUUGUGCUGGCAAUUUCUCUAAGGGUUUAACGGUAGAGGAAUUAGAAAAAGAGGUUGUGAAAACAGAGGAGCAGAUUAAAAAGUGUGACAACAACCUGGAGAAAUUUAGAGCACAACGCAUGUUGGGAGGGAAGGACAUCAAGGAAAAGAUCCAAUUGGAGGAGGAUGUCAAACAUGCAUUUGCGGUGAGGCUUAAGAACCUCAUCGCAGAGGUACACGUUUUAAAGGAAGGGAAGGUGGAGGAGCAGCAGGAAAAAUUAGAGAGAGAAAAGAAAGCGGAGCAACUGAGGGAAAGGAGAAAAAAGGAAAGAGAGUCAAGAAUAAGAAAAGAGGAUGGCACAAAAGGGAAAGGUAGGACAAAAGGGCUGUCUGAUCGGAGCAGGUCCAGUGAGGAGAAUGAAGAGGACGAUGAUAGCUUCUUGGAUAGUGAGGAGGAAAAGGAGAAAUGGCAGGAGAGAGAGAAGCGCAGGAAGUUGUCCGACAUCAUUCCACGGGUCUCGCUGUCGAGGGUUGACCUGACAACUGUCGACCCCGAGAAAAGUGUGUACAGUGAGGAUCCGAAGAUUCAGAAAAGGAUGGAAAAGCUGGAAGAGAUGAAAAGGAAGAAGAAAGGGGAACAGAAAGGGGACAUGAUGGAGAGGUGGAAGGAGGUCACCAUCUCGAUCACUGAGUACGUGGCUCGGGACGAUGUUAAGAUCACCAAGCAGGCCUCGGGUCAGGUGAUGAGAAGAGUGCUGGACCUCCAACAAAUCGUGGUAGAAUUAAUAGGGGAGAAUAAGGAACUUACAGCAAGGUUGGAUGAAAAAGAAAAAGAAAAUGAACGGUUGUGGACGGAGAUAAGGAAAGGUGGCAGAAAUAGAAGAGACGAUUUGGAGGUAGCAGCAAGUGAGGAGGAGGCGAUGCAUUGGCAAGAAGAAACAACGGUCGAGGAAAGUAGGAAAAAGGCAAGGAAGACGUAUGCGGUGGUUGUACAGGGAAAAGGAAUUAAGGAACCGGAGGAACUGCAAAAGAAAUUAUGGGGGUUCACUAAAGAUUUGGACAUGAAUGUAGAGAGGGUGAGAAGGAUACGAGAUGGAAAGAUAAUUCUGGAAAUGGCCACGGAAAAAGACAAAAAGAGGAUACUAGAGGAGAGGAGGAUAAUGGAGUCGGGAAUGAAAGCAGAAGAAGUUAAGAAGUAUCGACCGUUGAUGAGGAUAGGAGGAGUAGAAAAGGAGAUGAAGGAUGAAGAGCUGCUAGAGGAGGUCUGGAGGAGGAAUUUCAAAGAACAGCUGACGGAAGAGGACUAUAAGAAGACAGUGAAGGUAAAAAUGAGAAUAGGAAGAAGGGAUGGAAAUGUAGUGAGUGUCAUCUUGGAGGUUGACCCGGGAAUGAGGGACCGUUUGGUGGAGAAAGGAAGGGUGUUUAUUGGGUGGAGAGCGCAUAGAGUUGAGAAGUUUGAGCAACCCAUGCGCUGCCUUAAAUGCUAUGGGUUUAGCCAUAAGGCAAAGGAUUGUAAGGAGAAAGAAAGGUGUGGCAAUUGCGGUGAAGAGGGUCAUAAGAGGAAAGAUUGUCAGGGAGAGGUGGGAUGUGCGGUCUGCAAAGGGAGAAAGAAGGAGGGAGGGCACAGCGUCUGGUCCGAGGUAUGCCCGGAGGCGAAGUGGAGAUUGGAGAGGUGGAGAGAAAGAACGUUGGAGUAA